CUGUCUCAUUUUUCUGAGGUUGGUCAGUUGAUAGCAGAAGCUCGCCGCUGGAGGGUGGCAGCAUUGUGCUAUCCCAUGGUGCUCCGCGCUCUCUGCCAUACCGCGGAGCGUCUACAGCUGAGAGCUGUUGGGAGCGGACAUGUUAGACCUGCCUGGCCGGGCAUAAACAUUGCACAUACGGUGGUGAAAGGGAAAAGCACCGAUACCGGAACCAUGGAUGCUGUUAACGCUUUCAAUCAGGAGCUUUUCUGCUUGAUGGACAUGAAGCCCCCGAUUUCAAGGGCAAAGAUGAUUGCAAUUACAAAAUCAGCAAUCAAGGCUAUUAAGCUUUACAAGCAUGUUGUCCAAAUAGUAGAGAAGUUCAUCAAAAAGUGUAAACCAGAAUAUAAAGUUCCAGGAUUGUAUGUUGUUGAUUCCAUUGUCCGCCAAUCACGUCACCAGUUUGGACAAGAUAAAGAUGUGUUUGGGCCCAGGUUUAUUAAAAACCUCACUGGAACAUUCCAAAACUUGUACUUGUGUCCUACGGAAGACAAGAGUAAGAUAGUGCGUGUAUUGAACCUUUGGCAAAAGAAUGGAGUUUUCAAGAUUGAAGUUAUUCAGCCUCUACUGGAUAUGGCAGCUGGAACUAGCACUAGUGCUGCGGUGCCUGAAUUGGAUAAUUAUACCAGUAUACCAGGAUCACCUCCCUCGCCUGUGAAAGUCCCAACAGAACCUCCUCUGGUCACCACUAACUCGGUUCCCAUCGUGCCACAGCUGCCCAACUCUGAUGCCUUUGCUGCUGUUGCUCAGUUGUUCCAGUCAACACAAGGACAACAGCUACAACAAAUUCUGCAGACAUUUCAGCAGCCCCCUAAGCCACAGUCGCCUGCUCCUGACAACAAGGUGUUGACGCAGGUCCAGGCUAUCACUGCUCAGUUGAAAGCCCCUGUUUCUCAAACUUCAGAACAGAAAGCAGCUUUUGAUAAGAAACUACUUGAUCGUUUUGACUAUGAUGAUGAACCAGAAGGAGGAGAGGAUGCAAAGAAGGAUGAUUCUGCACCAUUUCCUGCUUCACAGUCUUUUGGGUUCCCUGAAGGUAUGCAGCAGCCUGUGUAUCAGCAGCUUACUGGUCAGAUGUCAAACAUGGAACAUUUUCAGCAGCAUAUGUUAGGAAUGCCACAGGAACCGCCCCAUCAUCAGGGCCCUCUUCCGCCCAAUGGACAGCUUCAAGGAUAUAGCCUUAUGCCUGCUGCAUCUUAUCCGCCAGUGGUUCAGCAAAUGACACAGUCUAUUUUGCCACCACCAACUUCUCAAGUACCACAUGGCUAUCCGCCAGGUUACCCCACACAGAACGAACCUUAUCCACAACAGAUGGCCCAACAACAAGAUGUAUCUAUGGAAAUUGACCCACCUUUAAUGAAAGAAGUAAAACAUCGUACAGAAAACAGAAUGUCAAGAUCCAAGUCUGCCUCCAGAUCCCCAAAAAGGAGACGUUCUCGAUCAAACUCCAGGUCACGGAGGUCGCGGCACCGGCGUUCUCGGUCCCGGUCCCGCGAUCGACGCAGGCACUCCCCACGCUCUCGUUCACAGGAGAGACGAGAGAGGGAGAAAGACAGGGAACGCAGGCAAAAGGGACUGCCUCAGAUGAAGGCAGAUACGCUCAGUGUUUGUAGCACUACGUUGUGGGUAGGCCAGCUGGAUAAGAGGACGCAGCAGCAGGAUGUGGCUAACCUUUUGGAGGAGUUUGGACAGAUAGAGUCGAUCAAUAUGAUUCCUCCUCGAGGGUGUGCAUACAUAGUGAUGGUUCAUAGGGAAGAUGCCUACAGAGCUUUACAUAAGUUAAGCAGAGGAUCUUUCAAAGUAAACCAAAAAGCUAUUAAGAUUGCUUGGGCAUUGAACAAAGGAAUAAAACCUGAAUACAAGCAGUACUGGGAUGUGGAUCUAGGUGUGACAUAUAUUCCUUGGGCCAAAGUGAAAACAGAAGAUCUGGCUAGCUUUUGUGAAGGAGGCAUUUUAGACAAUGAAACACUAUGUCCAGAGUGGAAAAAUCAUUCAAAUGAUUCUGAGAAAACUGAUGAGGUAUCUCAAAAUGGGGGUUCAGAAGCUACACAAGUUGGAGAUGCUCCGAUAGCUGCCCCAAUACAGGUUCCUGGAGUUCAGCCAAUGCAGGCUGUUGGUGCGCUACAGCCUCCGAGUUUCCCAAGUCACAUGGGAAUCCCUCCUCCGGGAUUUCCUCCAGGGGUCCCUCCUCCUCCUCCCUUCAUGCGGCCUGGCUUUAACCCUCUGCAGAUGCCUCCAGGUUUUCUCCCUCCUGGUGCUAUGCCUCCAAUGGGAUCUGGAGCACCUUUACUUCCUAAUCCAGUCACAAACAUCCAAACAUCUGCUUCCCUUAGAAGUUCAACAGCAGACCCAAAAAAUGAUUCUUCAGGUGGGAGCGUCAUCUCAACAGUUCUUACUGGCCCGAGAAAUAAUGCAGAGUCUGCUGAAGGUGCAAAACAUUACGGUUCUUUACCAGGACAAAGUCCAGGCAUGAAUCCAGGACUAACUUCUCCCAGCCUUCCUGUGUCUUUACCACAGCCUAUGGGUGCUCUUGGUAACCAAGCAGGAGCUCCCGGGGGGCCAGUGAUGGGCCUUCAUCCUCCAUCCGGGGGUCUUUUAGGAGCAAGGCCUGGGAUGAUACCUCUUCAGAGGCCUCCUGGAGUGCCACCACCUCACCUGCAAAGGUUUUCACUCCUUCCACCUCGUCCUAAUAUGCCCAUGCCUCCACAGCUCAUGCAUAGAGGUCCUCCACCUGGACCUGGAGGAUUUGGCAUGCUCCCCCCUCCCGGACUCCGGGGCCCCUUUUCACCACAUGGUCCUUUUGUCAGACCAGGCGGCCCCGGUGGUCCUGGAGGUGCAGGGGGUCCAAGAGGUCCUGAGGGGCCAGAAGACCGGGACGGGAGGCAGUUUAGAAAUGAUAGACAAGGUUUCCCUCCAGGAAGAGAGCGAGACCAGGAGCGGUUUGGAAGGCGGCCCUUUGGUGGGGGCGGCCGAGGUGAGCCUGAAGGUCGGGAUCGCUAUAGCAACCGCCAUGAUGACUAUGAACGCCCUGGCGGAGGACGAGACAGAAGGGAUUGGGGAAGGAGCAUGGAAACCGACAGAAACAGAGACUUGGAGGACAGGAACAGACGGUCUAGUGGGCAUAGAGAGAGAGACAGAGACCGAGAUCGGAAUUCUAGGGACGGGGAGUCUCGUAGGGACAAAGAUGACAACCGUGGAAGGGAGAAACCUGAAAUGGCUGAUUCGGAGAGCACUGACAAAUUCCGUGAUUCAAAUAAUACAGAGGAAGCCACAGACUCCAUCAAAGAACUGACUAUACCAGAUUCUGAGUCAAAGGUUUCUGAGGUGGCUGCUGAGCCAGCGAUGGAGUCGGUGAAUGAAUCAGCAGCUGAGCCAAUGGCUGAGCCCACAUCAUCUACUGAACAACCAGAAAAGCCUGACGAGGCUCAGAGCUAGAAAAUGAACUGUAAGGCAGAUGUGGAGCACUGCCCUUGUGAGCCACAGUGUCCCCUUCUGAGCUUGAAUGUUGUAUAAAAUACUGUAUAUUUGCUUAUGCCACUCAACACCUCUUUGUAGUUUUUUGGGGGAACCUUGUAAGCAUUUUGUUAACAUCCCCCAUGUGUUUCAAGAAAAUAGGUUCAAAAUUAACUAAGAAUUAAUACAAAUAAAAAAAAAACACCCAUUUGCAGUAACUUUUUUUUUUUUUUUUUUUUUUAAAUGUUUACAAAACAUAGGAAAUGAGCAGUUUCUAUAAUUUUUAAAUUAAAAAGGUAAAAUCUCCAACGUUUGAGCUUUAGGGAUUUGUUUUUAAUAAACUAUUUUCGUAACAAACUUUAGUGUGUGAUAUUUUUCCUUUGUAACGGCAAAAGCUUUUAAGAGUUAAGUUUUAACUGUUUUUGUUUAAGCCUAAAUUAGUUUUGCCAAUGCUUUUGUAUAUAGUUUGCUAUGUUUCCUUACCAAUCAAAAUAUCACUUUUAAAUUAGUUUAAUUGAUAGUUGUACAUGACAGUUAGAUAACUGACAAGCAGAAUUAUGUAAUAGGAUAAGUGUUUUAAAACAGUUUUAUUUUAUUGAUUUUGUGCUCAGAUAUUUUGUAAACUUGAUGCUAACUGUACAAAAGACAAAAAAUAACUGAAUUCCUGAACAUUCAGAUCAAUUUUGCUUUGAAGUGGCCUGUUGUCUUUUUACUAUAUAAAACAUUGAUUUACUACAGUUCCCCAUUUGAUACUUGAAGCUUGUAUAAUUAUUAAAAAGGUAAGUGUUGCUUUUAGACACUACUGCUCAGUUUUUGCUGAACUUUUUUUUUUUUUUUUAAUUUAGUCGUUGCCAAUGAGUUUUUAUUAUUUUCUCCCCAAUUUGAAAUGUCCAAUUAUUUUUAUGCUCAGCUCACCACAACCACCACUGUGCUGACUCGGGAGGGGCGAAGAUGAACACACGCUGUCUUCCGAAGCGUGUGCUGUCAGCCGUCCACUUCUUUACACUCUGCAGACUCACCGUGCAGCCGCCUCAGAGCUACAGCAUCGGAGGACAACACAGCUCUGGGCAGCUUAAAGGCAAGCCCACAGGUGCCCGGCCAGGCUACAGGGGUUGCUGGUGCCCGGUGAGCCGAGGACACCCUGGCCGACCUAGCCCUCCCUCCUCCCAGACGACGCUCGGCCAAUUGAGCGCUGCCCCCUGGGAGCUCCCGUCUACGGUCGGCUGUGGAAUAGCCCCUGACUCGAACCAGCGACAUCCAGGCUAUAGAGCUCAUCCUGCACUCUAGCGAGUGCUUUUACUGGAUGCGCCACUUGAGAGCCCCCUGAACUUUCUUUUUUUAAUGCAAUGACAUUUGUCUCAAGAAAAGAAACCGUUUCAUCUUGCUGCAUCUUGUUACAUCCA